UGCUUUCAAACGCUUUUAAAAAAAUUAAGAAUUAAGAAUUUUUUUUAAUAAUGACUAGUGAGACUGACAUACAUGUUCGCAUACAUUACCAAAAAGAAGAGGAGACGCUUCGGCAACUACUUAAAUUGGAAGAACUGUUUAGGGAGCACUUGACGCUUACCAAACGGGAAAUGCUUCUUCAGAAAGAAAUGGUAAACCGUUUGUGGGUUUUGUCUCAACGCUAUGUGAUUUUAAUAAGCACAACAGGCUGUUGUAAACAUCCAGAAGUAUAUUCUGGUCCCACGGAGGACAUUUUGCUGCGAGAAUAUUCCGAUAAACUUAACCUUUUACGUACAUCCAAUUGUCGAAUUUCAGAUUCCUUGAGAAAACUACGACAGCAAUGCAUCAUUUUUAAUUCACUGCACAGUCAUUUAGAUUUAACAAUGGAAACUCCGUUCAUGAUUGGUGACACAUUUCACAAACCAAUAUCAUAUUUUGUUGAGCUAGUAGACGAUUUAUUUAAAUAUUUGCACGCGCUUAGUGUAAAAUUAAAAUAUUUAAGUCAUCAAUUGGAUCCGGUGGAUUUACUUGUACUUGAGGAAUUAAAAGCAGCUUUAGAACCGUCUGAAGACUUCGAUGAAUACUUACUUGUUGGACUAAGUUACUGUAAAUGUUUGCGUCCCAAGCAGGUUUGCCAAUAGGAAGAAAUCAAUCGCGUCUAAAUUUUAAACGGCUUCUUAGUAACUUGUGAUACUUUUGUUCCUCGUAAUCCAUUGUAUGCGAUUCGAAUUGUAAACAAAACACUUUUAAUUAAAUAAACUGUAUCCUUAAUUCUAUAGCCAAGAAAGCAAA